UGCGCUAUUCUUUUGAAAGUCCUCAUAUGGAGCAUGGUAACAUACACGUCACAACUAUUUAAUAUUGAGUUAAGUGGGAUUAACGGUACCUUUGAACAGGAAAAAAAAAAUCAGAAACGGAAAAAUAACCAUGUGCCCAAAUGAACAGUGCUGAAACUAUUUCAAAAGUUUGAAUUUGCGUGUGAUUUCUUUCAAAGCCUUCGAGUACUGCUGUAGAAACCAGGCACCCGCUAGUCGCCCUUCCUUUGGGUACACCCCUUCUUCUUCAGGAAAGAAGUGUUGUAUUACAUAUUCUUCUUCCGCUUCGCGCUGCUGAGAGUCCGGGGCGAGUUGGGGGCUCCCGCCGGCCUGGAAAGACAGACCGCGGGCACACCUUUAGAGAAAAAGCGAUCCUUUUGAGCCCCUGGUGGAGGGAAGCGUAAAUUGCUUUUGGAUUUCCUCCUUGUGCUUCCGUAGACCAAUGGGAGGUUUUAUUUGUGUAGUUGUUUAUCAACUCGACGGCAAUGGGUUUUUUUUUUUUUGGAUAGGGUGUGCAAGACACCAAGAUGCACUUUCUGGUACACAAUGUAUUUGAAUUUUUCUAAACUUGAAUUUCAUAUGACCCAAGGAAUCUCACUAUGGAAUGAGAAUGUGCUUCCAGAUUACACCGGGGGAUAAAACGACGAAAUUGCUAAAAGAAUGUGAAAUUCUAACACUUCGGUUUUGAGUACAGUAAAUCUUCUUUAGGAACCACAGCAUUUUUUCCCUCCUUUCUCUUUUUAGAAAUCAACGAGCGUCUCAGAAGCAAGGGCAGUAAGAGUGCCUCUCCUAGUGCUAAAAUUUCCCCGUCACACUUCCCUACAUUUCCCCAGUGUCAAGGGCGCAUUCCUGAACUUCCUGCAGACCCUGGACCGACACUUGUUAAUCGGAAUUCAACGACUUUGCGAAAUAAAACUAUGUUAUGGCUCUCCGAAGUUGAAGAAAUGCACUUGUGAAGGAUUAGACUCAUAUCCUUCGGGGGGAAAAUCGGGUUUUCCUGAUAGCGGUAUUCCCGGAUCCCCGAGGGAGCCCAUCGAAGACGAGACGCAAUCGCCGGCGGUUCUCUGGGACGCAUGGCAGGUCCAGAGUCGGUGGACCCGGGCUCUCCGGACCCCCAGCCCACAUCGACCGGGUCCAGGCCCCCACGGCCUUGCCCGACCCUCUGUGACGCGGCGUUCCAGGCCGUUGGGCCCGCGCAUCACUGGGGCCUUGUAACACCGCGGAGGGUGCCGCGCCCGCGCACUGUCGGUUCUCCCAGAGCGGAUCACAGCCAGGGCAGCGGAAGAGGCCCGGCGACCCGACGCGGCGGCGGCGGCGGCGACAUGAGCUACUGCCAACUACCGGUGGUGAUCGACAACGGCUCGGGAGUGAUCAAGGCGGGCCUGGCUGGGAGCCGGGAGCCCCAGUUUGUCUGCCCGAACAUUUUUGGCCGCGCCAAGGACCAAACCUGGGCGGCCGAGGGCUCCGAGGGACUGUUCGUGGGCGACCAGGCGCAGGACAGGCGAAGCUUGCUGUCCAUCAGCUAUCCAGUGGAACGUGGUCUCAUUACUUCCUGGGGAGACAUGGAGAUCAUGUGGAAGCAUAUCUAUGACAAUAACCUGAAGCUAAAGCCCUGUGAUGGUCCAAUCUUGAUUACAGAGCCAGCACUAAACCCACUGGUUAACCGACAACAGACCAGUGAAGUGUUUUUUGAGCAUCUGGAGGUUCCUGCCUUCUAUAUGUCCAUCCAGGGUGUCCUGGCACUGUUUGCUGCAGGCUUCACAACUGGCUUUGUGCUGAAUUCGGGUGCUGGGGUUACCCAGUGUAUACCCAUCUUUGAGGGUUACUGUCUACCUCAUGGUGUCCAGCAGCUAGAUCUGGCAGGCCUCGACCUCACCAACUACCUCAUGAUGCUGUUGAAGGACCAUGGUAUCAUGUUGCUUAGUACUGCAGAUGGACAGAUUGUCGCAGACAUUAAGGAAACCUGUUGUUAUGUGGCAACGGACUAUGAAGAGGAAAUGGCCAAGAAACCUGAUUAUCUGGAGAAAGUUUACCAACUGCCCGAUGGGAAGACCAUCAAGCUCCAUGACCAGCUCUUUAGUUGUCCAGAGGCCCUGUUUGCUCCACGUCUCAUGAACCUUGAGGCCCCUGGCAUCGAUAAGAUGUGCUUCAACAGCAUAAUGAAAUGUGAUACAGAUCUGAGAAAUUCCUUCUUCUCCAAUAUUAUCCUUGCUGGGGGAUCAACAUCUUUCCUGGGUUUAGAGAAGCGGCUAGUUAAGGAUAUAGCAAAGGUGGCACCUGCCAACACUCCUGUGCAGGUUACAGCUCCCCCAGAAAGAAAAAUGUCAGUGUGGAUGGGAGGUUCCAUUAUUGCAUCCCUGUCUGCCUUCCAGGACAUGUGGAUCACUGCUGCAGAAUAUAAAGAGGUUGGACCCAACAUAGUGCACCAAAGAUGCUUCUGAAGUACAGAUAAAAUGGUUAACAGAAAACAUUUUGGGCGUGUGUGACAGAGAAAACUUUGGAUAUUAUAUGUUUCUGGGAGAACAGAAGAUAUUUUAAUCACUGGAAUGUCCAUGUCUCUGAUGUAUUUUUAUAAUUGGGGAAAAUAGUAAUGGUGAAGCAAUCAAACAGAUGUUUAUGGAAUUGAACAUAGUUAAA